UCAAGAUAUUUGCAUUUAAAGAAUUUCAGAUUUAAUUAUGCUCCAUAAAUUAUGAUGUCACAUUUAAGUAAUAGCAAAUUUUGAUAUUUUUUGUCAUUAGUAAUUUAAGACCUGUUAAGGGAUGUGUGUUUAAACUGUAUUAAUGCAUAGAUAUUAUAAAGGGGGGAUUUAGAGUCAGCAAAAAGUCUUAUUAUGUUACAGAAUUUAAUUUUGCAAAUUUUUAAAUUUUAAUUUUUUUGCAAAGUUUUCUUCCUGAAAGAAUUUCUUACAAUAAUCAGGAGAUUUAUAGUGUAUGUAUGAUCUGUACUUAUUUGAUUUGUAAUUAUAUUUUGUUAUAGAUGAAAUUAAAAGUUAUGACACAUGGGUACUAGAAGAAAUGAUAAAUUCAUAAUUUUGCAAUGAUUUGCAGGCGAAGAUUAAGUAGAAACCCAUUAUCAAUUUUUGCAUUACUUAUAACAGUUACAGUCAUAUGUAUUUUUUUAAGAAAAACGGACCUACCCUUUUUAUCAUUUGCUAACAUUAAACAAGACAAUUUAAAAGCAUUCAUAACAAAUGUGGAACAUGAAUCAGUGGAUGCAGAUUCACAAAGUGAAGUUCAAAGAUUGAAGGAGUUAGAUGUUGAUGGGGAACAAUCUACUGAUAAACUAGAUCUGGAGCUUAUAAGAAAAUAUAACGAAAGCCUGGCUGCUCAGGAAGAAGAAAAUGACCCAUUCAAAGUAAAUACAAAAAAAAACCUUGUUGAUUUUAUUAAUUUUAAGACUGACUUUAGAGAGACAAAUUAUACUGCAAAUGAUUUGAAGUUUACUAUUGAUGAUUUAAAUAAUAGACAAAUAAUGUAUAACAUAGAUGAAUAUCCAAAUUUACCAGAUAGUUAUCCCGUUAUUGUGGUGCAAGUUCAUAAAAGAGUAGAAUAUUUUAAAGAAUUACUUGAUUCGUUACAACGGACAAGAGGUAUUGAGAAUGCCUUGCUUGUUAUUAGUCACGAUUUCUAUACAGACGCUAUGAAUGCACUUAUUAGAAUGAUUAAAUUUUGUAGGGUUAUUCAAAUUUUCUUUCCUUUUUCACAACAAUUAUAUCCUGAUACAUUCCCUGGUCCCAGUAAAGAUGAUUGUCCACGAGAUACAAAAAAAGAACAAGCAGUUCAGAUGGGUUGCAUUAACGCCGAGCACCCUGAUAAGUAUGGACAUUAUCGCGAGGCACACAUAACAAUGACAAAACAUCAUUGGUGGUGGAAGAUCAAUGUUGUUUUUGAUAAACUGCUGGCAACCAAAGACCAUCAUGGGCCUGUUAUGUUCAUUGAAGAAGAUCAUUAUGUUGUACCAAGUUUUUAUGAAGCUUUGAUGAAACUGCAUGAAUUCAAACAUACUGACCCACGUUGCAAAGACUCCUGUGAGAUUUUAACCCUGGGAACGUAUAAUAACAAAGAAAAUUAUCAGUUCGAGGGAAGCAAGGUUCUACUUGGCUCUUGGGUAUCAACUCAGCACAAUAUGGGAAUGGCUAUGUAUCGUUCUACGUGGGAGAAGAUUAAGAAAUGUGCUAACGAAUUUUGUACCUUCGAUGAUUACAAUUGGGACUGGACGCUAAUGCAUCUAAGUAGAUCGUGUGUGGGGAAGUUUUUAUCAGUACUUGUGUACGAAGUACCGAGAAUGUUCCAUGUUGGAGAUUGUGGACUUCAUCAUACGAAAUCGUGCAACUCAAAAGACACGUUGAACAAAGUGAAAGCUAUUAUUGAGCGCAACAAAGACUUUAUGUUCACCGAUAAACUAAAUAUUGUCGUGCAAUCUAGUCUUACCGGCGGCCAAAAUCCAAACGGUGGAUGGGGCGAUGUAAGAGAUCACGAACUUUGCCUUCGCUUUGUUACAGCUGAACAGUCUGUGAUGAAAAGGUAACAUUUUGUUACCGUCAAUUUAGUUCAAAUUUGCAGCUAAUAUUUCAAUAUUAUGUUUGGUUACAAAUUAUAUCGAUUUUUUAACUUUUCAUUCUGGUUUAAAUAUUUUUAUAUCACAAUUAUUAAAGCCGUAUUUAUACUUGGAGGAAAGUUAUGCGGAGAUUUUUAUUUUAAUAUUUCGGCACAAGGCCAAUGGGAAUGCUUAUUAUCUUGUUGCUCGCUUUUAGCAUUAUUGGAUCUGCUAUGAGUCAAGGAUUUUUUCGAAUAUCACUCAUUUUAUGUUUCUUGGACCUAAUUUUCCUACGUUUAAAUAUCAAACAUAAUUUUGAAUUAUUAAAAAGUUCGGGCCGCUAAAAGUUUUUUAAAAUGCAAAAGAAAAAUAUUUUUUAUAUAUUUAUCAUAUUUGGCAUUAUUUGUAAAAAAUUGUGCAUGCGUACAAUUUUUAUUUUGGCCGAUUUGCGAAAGUUUAUGGUCACGAAUUUUUUCCGUCACUGCUAGAGUUUCUUGUCCUUUUCAACCUUUUUUUAAGGAUUUUUUCAAGGAAUGAUUUUAUUAGAAUCUAUUAGAGCCAAAUACAUUUUUUAUUAUUGGUCUACUUAAAAGGCUUGGGCUUACCUUUAACCUUAAUUUAACCUUUCGUAAAAUGAUUUACUUUGAGGACUUUUGCGAGCAGAAAGUUUCGCGAGCAUGAUAAAAACGUAAAAUUAAGGUCAGAAACGUUAGCGAAAGACCUUUUUUAUUUGCAAAUUUCGCGGUUGAAUAUAUUUUUAAUAUCUAAUUUCUCGAGAAGAAGAUGGACCAAAACAGAAACCAUCGCGAAAAGCAGUUACAAAUCGCGAAACUUCUGCCCUUAAAGUAUUCACGAAGAUUUACCACUGAUAUUUAUCAGCAAGGUUACAACAGACGCUUCCUAAGUCACUCCUAGCUUUUAGCAAGGCUUAUAUAAUGGAGUGAUAAUAUUCAAGUCACUUUACUUUUUAGUUGUUAUAUUCAUGGUAUAAAAAAUAAAAAUAGUCGUAAUUUAUUUUGUAUUAAAUUCUUUAUGUUAUAUAAAGAGAUUAAUAAAAAUUAGUUCUUCGCUUACGUUGUGAUGUAUUUUAAAAUGUUUAUCUAAAUUUUAAGGUAGUCCUUCUCUUUUUUUAAUAAUGCAGAAAUAUCUACGUC